UUCGUCUUGGCGGUUGAUUUGAUUGGAAUUCCAGUCGACGAACUUGUGAACCAAAGAAGUGGUUUAGCUGAAGGUAUAAUUCUUGGCAGUGCAUGCUGAAGACGUUGCACUGGGUUCACGCGUAGUGAUUGUGUUUGUGUUGCUGUGAUCUUUGUAGAGUGCGCAAUUUGCGCGAGUAAAAGUCCAAAACGUUUAGCUUCUUCAAGAACACUCAUUUGAAAAAUAGGUUUUAAACGAAGUCAACGAGUAACGGGCACUAAAUAUAUUACGAUCACAUACAAAACAGUUAAGCGAAUUAAUUGUGGCAUAAAAGUCGCGCUGAUAUGAUGUAAUCAAAAACUCAAAACACAUUUAAAUCAACAAAACUCAAAAGAACUUAAACUCAACCAGACAACUUUGUGAUUAACACAACAAUAAUAAUAGCAAAAACAACAGCAACAUGCGUCCGAAAAUCGCAGCCUACUUUAUGGGCGCACACCUGUUGCUGCUCGUGCUGCUCACACUAAACACCAGCAGCAGCAACAACAACAGUGCGUACGCGCUCAACACCGCCGAAACGGCUAAUCCGACUUGUUCGCUGAAGGACAAUUGCAAUUUGAAUGACAACUUCCUGACAGCCACCGGCGAGACGGGCGAAAAGGCGGCGAGUAAAUUGGAAAAUAAAAUUGCGUCGAUCUUCGAGGAUAAAGUAAAUUACAGCCUGAAAUUGUUCGCUGAUGAAGAUGUCAUCGAGUACAAUGCGCACGAAAGUAACUUAACGCAACGCGCACAUAUGGCAACGCCAGCAGCAGCGAACUUUACGCUGCGACAGUUGCAGGACGCCGCCGAUGUGGAGGAGGAUGAGCGAGAUUGA